ACACACCCUCUCUCUCUCUCUCUCUCCCACAAUCACCACUUUCUUCUCUCUCUAACUCCUCACUUGCUCUCUCUCUCCAACAUGAAAUCGAUCGAAAACGUUUCAAAGAAGCUUGCUAUGUCUUCUGAUUCUUCAAACCCAGAAUCAGUUUUAUCUACCAAGACCCCUAACAAGAAGGCGACUCUCUCAAUCAGAUCUCAUCACAGCGACAAACCCGUUAAGAGACAGAUCUUGACUUCGCCGCAAAAACCUGAAACAACCGUGAAAUUGCCCGAAAGGUUUGAGAUUCUGGAUGAAUGCUUUAAUGGGUUGGUCACUGCCAUUAGGUUGCUCAAGCUAAAGGGUUCUUUGACUUCGUUUGCUAAUAUAUGUCCCAAGAUUGAGUAUCUUACUAAUCGGAUCUUCUCGUAUGACCAUUUGGCUCAGAUGAAACAUAUUUAUCCGGAAGCCAUUGAAGUGAAGAGAGUAUUGAAGUGUGAUGAAGAAACUAUUUGCAUGAAACCUACUCUUCAUAUUAACUUAAACACCGAUGCAGUUGUACUUGAAGAUACAAGUUGCGGAACUAAAUACAUGCAACUUAAGAAGGUGUUCUGCACAAAGCUUGUAGAGUUUUACAAAGCUCAUCCUAAGGACGAGAUUCCGAAAGAACUGCUUCCUGAACCGUUCAAUUUCUCCAAAAGGAGUACUGAUUCAGACACAAUAAGCGUGGUAGAUGUGGUGGAAGCAUCUAAACUUGAGACUGAUGGGUUUGAUGUUAAAAUGGAGGAGGAAGAAGAUAAAGUCAACAAAGUGAUUCCAGAUUUGGCUCUAUAUGAUGGUACUGAGGAAUGCUUGUCACCACACACAGAGUCAAGAAUAGCUGAGAAUGAUGGGUUUGAUGUUCAAAUGGUGGAGAUGGAGAAAGAAGAAGAUGAAGUUAACAAAGUAAUUCCAGAUUCGAGUUUAUCAGAUGGUACUGAGGACUGCUUGUUACCACAAACAGAGUCAAGAAUAGUUGGAACACCAGCCAAAGUUUUGUUCACUCCUUCCAAGGAUCUAUCAACACCAAUCAAGCUCAUGAGUGCUACACCAACGUUGCAGCCAUCUAGACGGUGUAUUACAAUGACUCCAGAUGAUGAUAAUGACUCUGUUAGAUCAACAGAUGAUGUGAAAAGGCGCUCUUCUCGCACUAGGUGUCUGAAUUUCGACACUCUGGAGGAAGAGGGAACUGUCAGUGACGAGUCUAAUGAUGAAUCGGUUGAUAAAGGAAACGAUAGUGAAGCUAAUGGCGAUGCUUCCUACGAUGAAGAUAGUCUUCUGCACUCAGAGAUAGAGAAACCAGAGGCUGAAACCGAGAAGCAAAACUUGCCUAAGCUUGUUAGUGUGAUUCAUAAAAUAUUUCAGUCAACAAAGCGAACGGUCAUCACGAAGGAUGAGCUUCUUCACAAGAUGAUUGCAUGCCAAAUGGAUAUAAUGGAUAGAAAGGAAGUGGAGGAGCAGCUAAGGUUAAUGUUGCAAUUGGUUCCUGAUUGGAUCUCUGAAACAAAAGCAUCUUCUGGAGAGUUUCUUGUUCGCAUUAAUGAAAUGUCCACUGCAGAGACAGUACGUGCAACACUUGAGGAAGCAACUUCACAGUGCAUUUCCACCGUCUCCUGAAGAAGAAAAUAUUAGUUUCAAUUAUCAUUAAUCGUUACACAUCUUUUUCUUCAUGAGAACUUGUUACAAUACUAUUGAUUUAUUAUCAAACAUGAUAAUUAUCUAAUGAUUGUGGCUGGUUAAGUUGUCUACGUAAAGUAGCUAAAAGUUGAAACUUACCGGUAUUAGAUAGUGGUUGAGUAAAAAGUGUGAGAAAACGGCUGUAUCUGUUUCGUAUUUCUCAAAUGUCC